CGUUUGUGUUAUCAUGCGGGAUUUAUACACCUGAAUGAAAGUGUGUUAUAUUUAUAUAUUUUUACAUAUUUAAUGUAAAUUACACAUAUCGCGGUUUUGGGUGAAUGGCUUCGGCAGAGCGUGUUGUUACAAAAGCCAUAAAAGGGCCUUAAGGGUGACAUCUCAUUUAUACGAAAGAUUUAACCUAUUGAUUAAAUUCGUCUGUUUUAUUGUUUGGUGUUUAUUGAUAGGUACAUCAUUCGAUACCAAUAGCUGCAUCAGCGUACAUGCGUGCUAAUUUUAUAAAAGGAAUGUGUCACUUGAAUUUCUUGAAAAAUAGUAUAUAAAUUUUAAUCGAAGAGAAAUAUACAAUUUUUUCUUUGGAUUUAUUUCUGUAAUUAAAAUUAAGAUGUUAAUAGGAGUGGCGUUUGGAGUAUUUACAACAUGUUUUAUGACGUAUGCAUACGCCGAAAAUGCUUACGGCGAUCACGGGAUCGUGUACACAGCCCGUGCGGUCAAGGUUGACGAAGAAUACCAGAACAUUGUCUCUGUGCCGAGCACCCCUUUGGAAAUAGACAACACUACUGAAGAAUAUCCGGGACUCAAUUUUGGUUUUGUGUUCAGAUCGCCAAUGGCUUGCGACAUAGAUUAUCAUAGAAACGAACUCUACGUGUACGACUAUUUCCUAAGAGGACUACUUUUACUGGAGAACUACAAUUCCUCCGCGAUGAAGGAAGGAAUUACCAUCACAAGACAGCAUUACGGAAUAUCAAAAGAAAACGCUCACAUUGCCGUGGACUGGAUUUCACACAAUGUAUAUUGGACGGAUCCUUUGAUGAACUGGAUUGCCAUGCAGCCAGGCGGACCUAUCAGCGAUCCCACUCUGUACAAAGUUAUCAUCAAUAUUGGUCUGGAGUUACCCCGAGCCAUUGCAGUUGAUCCUUUAGCUGGAUACUUGUUUUGGGCAGACUAUGGUAAGAAGUCUGUCAUUGAACGGUCGACACUAACUGGUGACAAAAGAACUGUACUUGUCUACUCCCGCCUGAACCAGCCGAACUCAGUGGUAGCUGACCCCACUGAGAAAAGAAUAUAUUGGACUGAUUUGCAAAGUAUUGAUUCAACUACUUAUGACGGUACCGACCGGAAACAAGUUGUUCGUGCUGACGAAGUCACUUUCUGGGACAUAGCUAUAUUUCAGAACGUUCUUAUAACCACGGAUGUCUAUACUUUUGUGGUCACUGGCGAAGAUUCCUAUUCGCGUUUUUACGACAAGACAACUGGCGAAGAAAUUACCGAAAAGCGUAUAAGUGUGAACAGAGAGUUGCUGUUUGGUGUGUGCAUGUACCAUGGUGAUAAUCAACCUGCCAAACCAGAACAAGACCGCUGUAAGACCGCCGGCUGCAAGGAUAUAUGUGUGAAUGAACCUACCAAAGCCACCUGUUUAUGCCGAGAAGGUUUCAUACUGGACACGGAUGGUAAAUCAUGCAAAGAGCAAGAGGGUCAGCACCAGAGGGCUGUUGUUAUUAAUACGGGUAAAAGUCUGUGUCUGCUAGAUAUCAGAGUUUUGAGUGAUCAACACGACUACGCGCCUGCGUGCUUCUAUACCGGAAAUGACAGCAUUUCAUUUUUUGAUGUUAAUAUGAAAUCAAGAGAGGCUUAUUUCGCAACUGGAGGCACAAUAAAUAGAGUUUAUAUUGACAAAGGUCCAGAUGCAGCAUACAGAGAGAGUUAUGUUGUUACAGAUCAAAGCUAUAACGUAACAGGUUUGUCCUACGACUACAGUAGAGAGAGGCUCUAUUUUGCUGUUGCGUCAGAUCCACAACAACUUUGGUACAUCGAUGUAAAAACUGGCAUCCCUGCUUUUCUUGUUCAAGUAGAUACAGGUGACUUCAGAAGUCUUACAGUGGUCCCUACGCAGAACAAAGCUUACUGGCUGGCUGAUUUAAACGUGUUGCAGUCGGUUGACCUUGCUGGUAUAACUACCGCGGUGAUCACGAACCUGACAUUAAUAUACCAUCCUGUUACUGGAAUAAGUUAUCCAAAGCAUAUGGUUCACGACAACAAAAGGGAAGAAUUUUAUGUUCUGGUUGAGGGUAUAGACGGUCACUCGGACUUGUUGGGGAUAGACUACUCCGGGAAUGUUUCAAGUUACGUUGCUUCAGAUAAGGAUAUUGUAGACUUUGCCAUAUAUAAGGAAUAUGCAGUAUUAAUCAAUAAAGAGAACGACAAGUCUGUCAUUCGGUCUGGGGAUUUAGGGGCUUACACACCAACAUUUGGAUUGCCAAUCGUAGACGAAGGAACAAUAACUGGUGUAGAAGAUAUUUCCGGUGUGAAGAUUCUAGAUGCCAGGCUGCAGCCAGCUAUGCCAAAUCCAUGUGGUCCUAGUUCCAAUAAUGGAGGUUGUGAACAUGUUUGUUUGACUGAUGGUACAACUGUCGAGUGCAAAUGUAGAUUAGGUUUUACUUUACAUACAGAUGGAAAACAGUGUGUUUCGACGCCAGUUUACGAUGAUUUUAUUCUCGCUACUGAUACCACUUACAUGGAAGUCUUCCAGAUUCCACUGGAUAAUCCAAACACUGCCAUUGGAAUCAGAACACCAGCAGUAGACAGACCUGACGGUGUGAUCUAUAAUCAUCAGACCGGUGAGAUGGUGUGGACAGGCACGACUCAGGCUGCAAUUUGGGCCGUCAAUUUAAAUGGCACACAAGAACGUCUCGUUGCAAAUGUUUUUGGUGAUAUGUACGGAUAUGCUGACCAGCUUGCCCUCGAUCCCAGCACGGGAAAUAUCUAUUACACGGGAAACCAUUACUACAGAGAAGUUCUGUAUAACAGCUUUAUAGCUGUUUUGAAUAAACAAGGAGAAAGUAAUGUGGUGGUCUGGGAAGGACAUAGACCACGUGACAUUGAGCUUGAUCCAGCAGAAGGACUGAUGUUCUGGUCAGACUACAGUGAUACAUUGCCAGUCAUUUAUAGUGCUGGUAUGGACGGAAGCUCGAAACAAACUCUUCAUACAACAGAUAUAGUAUGGCCGAAUGGAAUCGCCCUUGAUCCUACUGUUAAGCGUAUUUACUGGACGGACGGUUAUUUGGAUCAAAUAUACUACAGUGAUUACGAUGGUAAGAAUAGACAAACGUUCAAGAAAGUAGAGAGUGGAGCGAGGAUGAUGGACUUGGAACUAGCUGGUGACUACUUAUACUAUGUCGCCAAUAACAAUCAACAAGUUACAAGGGUGAACAAGAACAAUGAAAAUGACACAAAGCUUUUCGGGCCAGAAUUUGGACUUGGCAAGAUGUAUGGUUUGGAUGUUUACAGCUCUACUGCUCCAACAAAUACCCGUGUCAACCCUCAGUGUGCAACAAACAAUGGUGGCUGCAGUCAUUUCUGUCUUCCAAGACCCGGAGGGUACUCGUGCGGUUGCCCUCAGAAUGAAGACCUUCUGAUGGACGACAAGACUUGCUUAAGAGUUCCCCGCUGUGAAAUGUCAAUUCCAAAUGGUGAUAUUAUUGAAAACUCUGCCUGUAUCGGUACUGAAGGUAACACGUGUAACUACACGUGUAACGAUGGAUACAAACCACGCCCCUCUAUACCACAUCUCACGUGCGAUAAACAAAUGAUGCAGGGAUUGCAAAAUGAACUACACUGGGAUGUUCAAGAUCCAUGCCAACUUAUAACUUGUCCAGAUUACGUGGAUAAUGGCGUAGUGCUUGGAAACUGUUCUCUGCUUCCAAGUGAUGUUUGCUUGUAUAAAUGUUAUGAAGGAUUCGUGCCUGAUAUGGCUAUGAAACAGAUAUUGUGUCAAAGCAACGGAACUUGGAAUUACACCACAUCAGGAGUAACACUUUGUACAGUGCAAACCACGACUACAACAGAAAAAUCGACUGAGUCAUCUGCUUCAAAGGAUAUCGGCAUUGGCGUCGGUAUAGGCGUGGGAGUGUUGGUUCUGAUAAUAAUUGUUAUUGUUAUUAUUGUUUUCCUAAUAAGAUCGGGUAGAGUGUCAUUGCCAUUGAGUAAGAAAGGUGGUACGUCAGGCUCAGCCUUUGAAAAUCCAAGAUAUGCCGAUAAUAGCGUUGAUCUUGGAGAAACGAAUGCAUCAUUUGGGUAUGCAACUUUAGAAGAGGACAGAAUACCGGCCCGUGCUACAAACACAACUUACGAUAAUAUUGUGCCAAAAGUUUAGAAUUGGUUUUACUUUAUUCUUGUAUACUCGCAUGCUCGUGUACAUAAAUGUAUUUCUGUACAUAUGAAUUUCUGAAGUGCCAUUUUGACUCGGUAGAAUAUAGCCAAAACCUGGAACAUGAUGUAAUUAAUGAACUGUACUUUGUCACUGGAUUAUUGUUAAUGCUGUUAAUGAUUUCCUGAGGUGACACCAAAGUGAUCCAUAAUUGACUUACAAUUUCAUUCAUGAAAAUCAAGUAAUUGGUAACCCUACGUCGCGAGUAUAAUGAUCACCUUCUGAUUAACAAUUCAGAUCAGUAAACUAAAUAAAUCUGAAAUAAAAUCCAUGCUUGGAUGGCUACAUGUAGCAUUUCUCUUUCAUUCAAAGACAUGCUGAUACAAAAGAAACUGAUUUACGUGAAAGAACGAUGUAAAUAUUAAUUACUAGUACAUUGUCUUUUUCCAUUAUUAUAUUAUAUUUUGUUCUUUGAUCUUUAUGUGAUAGCUGCAAUUUUAAUGAGACUGUUAAGCCCUUUGGGCUAGGUAUAUUUUAUAUGUAUAUAUGUUGCCUUUUUUUAAAAAUCAUUUUGAUAAAAUAUAUAUUUUAUUUACUGUAGUACUUCAUGUAAAGAAGCCGUCCAGCUGGCUUACGGAAGGUCUGUGGUUUCUUCCCAGGUGCCUACCCAUACUGUUAGUGACAAGACAAAGUCAACGUCACUUAGGCAGCGCAAAACGUACUGAUUGAUCCUACUUUCUGUAAUAUGGUUUUGCCUUUAUUACGCUUUAAAGACAAUAUCUUUCAUAUUAUACCUUGUUCGAAACAACUCCAAAAUAUUUCGAUUAGUUUUUGAUUUAGCUUAUAGAGUAUUUUCUAUUGUAAAUUUUGGUCA